AUGGCAGCAACGGCAGUGUUACCUGCCAUGAACGCAGAUGGCGAGAGGAGCCUUCAUCCGUUCUUCACCAAGCCCCAUGCCAUAUUCAACCAGCCCGCGAUCGUUGACGAACGAGAUGACGAUGCGGAAUACGUCGCGAACGAAGCACAUGAUGAGCCACACGAACAGCCAAAGCGGACAACCAGCAAAAGACGAAAGAAGAACAAUGAUCAGGGCUCGACGAAGGCCAAGACUCAACGAACACUGGGAGACAUAGUGAAUGGAAAGAGUGCAGCUCCACUCGCUCCCGAGAAGGUCGUAGAACCAUGCACGUCCGAGCCGGAUCUCAAUAUUGCUCGUCGGAAGAGGCGACGUACGAACGAGCAUGAGCCCACAGAGGUUGGUGCCUCAGCUGUCGCAGACGAGGCAGCACCAACAUCGAUCACACCUAAAAGGUCAUCGUCGCCACGCGUCAUCAUACCGGCCUCCUCGCCUUUACCCACGGCAGGAGCCGUCGAGGUGUUACGAACGUCUGAAGGCAUUGUCAUACCAGAGACGAGCGAAGGUGUGCUCGAGACUGUGCCUCCGCCCAGGAAAGUACUGAAGCUCAACGCUAGAGGCAGAUUCAGUUCACCUCCCACGAAGAAGACCAAGGACUCGGACGAGGCAAAACCAGAAACCCCGAAACGACGAGGCAGGAAGCGAAAAUCUGCCGUCGUAACUCCUGAUGCGCACCGUAUGGUCGUCUGCAACUAUGGCCAGGACGAGGCGCGCCGACAAGAUGUUGGUCAGAGAAUAGAACGGAUUCUGAAUGGCACUGAGUCGGUUUCCACUAACAAAACGAAGACAACACCGAAGAAACGAACGCCCAGGAAGCCGAAAGCGACACAUCCAUUCUUUGUAGGGAAGAUGGAAGACCCAGCGCCGCCUAAGAAAGGGUCUCCACGCAAAACCAGCGCCAUUACUCCUGGUAAGCUGCGAGUAAAAGCUUCAUUCGAUCGGACUCACGAGUCAAAUGAGAUUCCUGCGUUCCACUCAGCACUUCUUCGUGAUAGAUUCAUGAUCAAGCAUCCCGGGUCCAAGGAUGCACCAUUUCCGGAUAGAUCGCAGGCACAUGUGCGAGGAGAAAACGAUUCUAGGUCCGUCGGUCGGAGCAAAGCAGUGACCGGGUUGCCCUACCGAAAACGCAAGCAGGCAAAAGUACCUAUCUCGCAGGAAGCAUCUGUCCUCGCACGCUUCGCUACCGAGCUGGAGCCUGAGGCGGACCGUAGACUUCGUUCAGAUGGCUUCCACGAGCCUGAUCUAUCGCUACAUCUACCGCAGAAACUUCUCAUUUCUGGGGAAGAGAUAGCUAAGAAGAUCAAGCGCCAGCUCUCUGUGGCAUUGGCAGAUUCAAACGAGGAUGAGCUCCUGGCUCGAGCUUCGCAGCAGGCUCACCACCCCUCUCUGCAGCGGCUGUACGACAGGAUACCCACCACGCUGACAGCGUUCGACGAAUCGAAAGGAGAAAUGCUCCAGUGGGUACAGAAGUACGCGCCGUCGUGUUGCGCCGACGUCUUGCAGCCCGAAAAGGAGAUGUCAGUCCUCAGAACAUGGCUCACAUCUUUGGCGGUACAAGCUGUUGGAGGCGCGGCGACAACAGCUGAGCGAGCGGCGAAACCCAAAGCUAUAGAAAAGCCCAAGAAGAAACGCAGAAAAAAGGCCGAUGAUCUCGAUGACUUCCUGGUCGACAGUGACGAGGAUGUGUACGACAUGAAUGAGCUGGCAGACCUCGACGAUGAUGUGGGCACCAGUCGUGGAGCGCCCAAGAGUAUCGUGCAGGUUGCGCAGACUGGAGCGAAACUUGGCAACGCGGUCUUGCUUAGUGGUCCUCAUGGCUGUGGCAAGACAGCUGCCGCAUAUGCUGUUGCCAAAGAACUGGGGUACAAAGUGUUCGAGAUAAGCUCCAGCGAGCGGCGUAGCGGACGCGACGUGCUGGACAAAAUCGGCGACAUGACUGAGAACCAUCUGGUCAAACAUCACGGCACAGAGUCGGUCGAGAUCUCUGACACCGAAGGCCCGGAUCGAAUCGACGAGGCGUUCCAGAAAGACCUUGAAAGUGGUCGGCAGGGCAAGAUGAUGUCGUUCUUCAAACCAAAGACCCAGCCGAAAUCCACGCCGGCUGAACCCAAGAAGAUCGUCAAGGAAAAGACCGUCAAGGCAGUACAAGAAGCGAUCAAAAAGCGGCCCAAGGACCAGCAACAAUCACUUAUUCUCCUAGAAGAAGUCGACAUUCUCUUCAAGGAUGACAAGGACUUCUGGACCACAAUAUUGAAGCUUAUCGUGACCUCGAAACGGCCGUUCAUCAUGACUUGCAACGAUGAAGAUCUUGUCCCGUUGCAGGCGAUGUCGUUGCAUGCGAUACUUCGCUUUACACAUCCUCCUGUCGACCUUGCCACGGACUACAUACUGCUGCUCGCCGCUGCAGAAGGCCAUUUACUGGAGAGCCUCGCUGUCGAAUCGCUUUACCAGCAUCACCACUGCGAUCUCCGGGCUAGUAUUUCCGAGCUCGACUACUGGUGUCAAAUGGGCGUAGGCGACCCUCGUGAAGGGCUGAGUUGGAUAUACCAGAGAUGGCCAACGGGGUCCGACGUGGAUGCCAAAGGCAGAACACUGCGAAUCGUGAGCGAAGGGACAUAUCGACCCGGCAUGGGCCUAUCUCAAGGCUACUCCAACAACACGGAGUCUUCACUGCUGUCAGAGUCGGCCGAGCUUGACUUGGCGCCAUCAUCAGCUCUUGGAUGGGAGCAGCUGCCAUUGACGACUAUGGCAACACCAGCGGACCCGAAGUCGCGAUAUCAGCAGCUUGCCCAAUUCGCGAAAUUCGCAGAUGUUUUGAGCGCAGCGGACUUUUGCUGCUCGGCUGGCCUAGUGGAAUCUGCAUCUUUGGAUCCAACCCAGCCUGACAUGCCAGAUAAAUCUCGCGGACAUUAUAUCGAGGGCAUCGCUCUCUUGCAGACUGAUGAACGCAUGGACUACAGCGACAUGAGCAGGAAAUUGCUCGUUGCAACAACUUUGUCUGCUUUCGACAAUUUCGUUCCGCCUAUCGGUGGCCGUCACCCAGCAGAGAACGAAUUGCAGCAGAGGAUUCCAUUAGAAAUGCCACUCAGUCGCCGUGCCUUUUCCUGCUUCGAUGCUGUCUCAACGUCUGCUGAAGCAAAUGCUGGCGUGUAUCCUGGACUCUCCCAGUCCGCUUUUGAUGGACCUCUGAAUAUCAUUACCACAGACCUAGCUCCUUAUGUCCGCUCGAUCGUGCAGUACGACGAGGCGCUGGAGGAGCAACGCGACAGACUGGACCUUCUAAUGACUGAUGGUCGCAAAGCGAAACGAGCGCGAACAACCAGGGCCGCCAGAAGUGCAUUGGAAGGAGGCCAACGAUCAACGACAAGACGCGAAAGAUGGUUUACGAAGAACCUCGACUUCAACGCUGUUCUGGCCACAGGUGGUAUAGCUUGGCCAAGAACGUCGAAUGCACCACCAUCUGCUGCUGGAUCUGUCGACAUGAUGUCUCAGAACAGCGCAGAUGCCCCGCCUUCGAGUAUGGAAGAGAUCAAGUACGAGGACUGA